CCUCCUCCAAUCGGAACACAGCCGCAGCCCUAGCCGCGGAACAGCUGGGUUUCCCGGCGUGCCCCGCGGCCCCGCGAACAUCAAAACAAACCGCGGCGGGUUUGAAAGUUUGGUUAGGAAGAAGCGAGGCGCUGAGAAAAGCGGAGAAACUGUAAAAACCGGGUUUUAGAGGAUAAAGAAUCGCGAGGACUGAUUGGAACAUGUGAAAAAGACUUUGGUUCGGUGAAAAGAGGCGUUUAUAAGACUGUAAAUCCUCAGGUUAACAGGUGAAUCUCCGGCUACAGUGUCAGGAUGACGAAGGGAAAGUGGCUGGAUAGAGUGAAGUCUGUAGAGCAGAGAGCUCAGUCCUUUCAAUCUGCUCCUAUUUGCUCUCCAUAUAAACCUCGCCUGUCUCGCCCGUGGCAGCCCUCUUCCGUCUGGAGGCUUUUCCCACGCCAGAGCGCCGCCAUCGCCUUCAGCCAGCGCUGCAAACAGGAUGUGCAUGUAUUUGCUCUGGAGAAAGAAGGCACAGGUGCUGGACAGAGGGUUUAUUUAGUGACCAGCUACAGUGAACUCUGGCACUACUACAGUUCUCACAGACAGUCUCUGAUGCACUGCUACGAAGUGAUCCCAGAGGGCGCUGUCUGCAAGCUGUAUUUUGACCUGGAGUUUCAAAAAUCCUUUAAUACACACCUGGAGGGAAAAAAGAUGGUGGCAUCACUGAUUCAGUAUGUGUGUGAGAAGCUGGCGGAGGUGUACGGCCUGCAGUGCUCUGCAAAAGACGUGCUGAAUCUCGACUCCAGCACUUCUGAGAAGUUCAGCCGCCACCUUAUCUUCCUGCUGCCCAAUUCAGCUUUCAAAGACAACAGCCAUGUCGGCCGGUUUAUCCACGACAUACUUAAACCUGCACUGAAAAUUCUACAGAAAGGUUCAGACGCUCUCACAACACCUACAAACACUUCAGAAGACGUUGAUGAUCUCAGUGAAGAGCCUCAGUCGAAGAGAAAGAAGCGAGAAGAGACAGAAGACACAGAUCUGAGCUUUCUAGUAGUGAACUCCAGAGAGGGACAGAAGCAGCUGUUUGUGGAUCUAGGUGUCUACACCAAGAACCGGAACUUCCGCCUCUACAAGUCCUCUAAACUGGGGAAGAAUGCAGCUUUCACUGUGGCUGAGGAUAACAAAUACGUUCCAAAGUCUGACAAGCUGACCACAGAGGAGGAGCGCAUAUUCCUGUCUUCCUUAAUUACCAACGUCAGUUUCACUGGUCAGAGGAUUUUGACGUGUGACAUUCCAGAAAGAACGUCAGCAGGAUCUCCCAGUUCAGCUCUGCCAAAAGGCCCACAAAACUCAGAGCUUGCAGGAGAACAGGAGCCUUCACCGUACAGAGAAGUAGAUGAAUUUGUGCUGAAGCUGGUGUUUAAGGACGGCAUUCAAGGAGGCAUUAGGCGCUGGACCUACUUUGUAUCUGAGCAGCUGGUGGUCUAUGACAUCGCCAAGUACCGCUGGUGUUACAACGUGAGCCGCUUCCACAAGAGCAACAACAUAAUAAUCGUGGUGGAUCUGAAAGAGGAGGCGUGGUAUCAGCGGUGUCACGACCCCGAGUGCAGGAGUCAGAAUUACAGGUCCUCUAGUUACCCAAUACCACAGGAGGUCUGCCUGAGCUACAUGCUAAAGGAGGAUGAAGAGGAUCAGAAGUUCCUGAUGGAUGAUCUUGGUAACAUUGAGUUGAGUCCAGUAGGGAGUGGUGAUAAUGAGCCAUCGACAGCCUCCUCAAGCGCUCAGGCGGUGACCACAGAAGCUUGGGUUGACUGUCCUGAUGACCACUCCUGCCUGGAAGCUCUGGAUGAAGUGGAGAAGAUCAUUGAGGAAGAUGAUGAAAUCCCUGAUGAGCUGAUGAUCCAGGCAGUGACUGAGUGUGAGGCUUCAGCAUAACCUCGGGGGUCCUCGCGUUUCUGGCCUUGGAUUAUGCUGUUUACCAUCAGCAGCCGGAGUCCGAGAGAGCAAAUGGUCUUCUCUGACUGGUGAAGUCAGACUCCGCCUCCUUUCGAACUGCUGCUGAUGCAGCAUUAACAAGUAGCAUCACAGCGCUAAUGCUCAGAGGAAAGUGCAGUGACUCGGUUUCUGAUACAUCAGCUCACAGACGCAGCCUUGUGCUGAUCAACAUCACCCUUUGGAGUGAUGAGGGUAAAGAGCGCCAUCUACUGUACCCACCCAGAGAGAGAGCAAAGCCAAUUGUGCUCUCUCGGGGCUCCGGCAGCUGAUGGCAAGCUGCGUGACCGGGAUUCAAACUAGCAAUCUCUCCCAAACAUGGUGGUAGCACUUUAGACAGCCGGACCACUCUGCGCCCUCAAUAGAGGAAGUACUAAUGAGUGUUUUGGGUAAUUGGCCUUCCAAUUUGGGGGGAAAAUUGGAUAAAAUUAGAAAUAAAUUGUGUAAAAAAUACAUAAAUUCCAUUUAUAGAUAUUUUAUUCUAUGCAAAUCAGUCCUCAAGUCAUAUAUGGAUGAAAAUAUAACUGUUCUUUAGUUCUGCAAUUUUUACAAGUGUGAACUUCACUCCAGCUUUUGAUGAGGGGUUACAUAUAUAUAUAUAUAUUGUGUAUUGUGUGUAUUGAAUAAUUUAUUAUUCUGAAUUAUAUUUGAAUAAGACAUAUUGUGAUACUGU